CCACCUGGAGCUGUUGGCUCACCUGCACGUGCCGAAUUAAACAUCGUGGCUCUGUAGCACGCCUUUGCGGACUAUCCAGUUACUCCUUCAAUUUCGUCAUUCAGCUAAGGGCCGAGAGUAUCAGCAAACGGAACGUAAUUGCCACCGAUGCGAUGCCUGGUUAAAAAAAUUCGACAAACGCGAUUUAACGUAAUAGCAGCAGUUCAACACACGGCCCAGCGCUCGAGUCUGCGGUUCGAGCCGAAAGGAUAGAAAAUAAGAUCCAGAGAAAAAAAAGAAAGUGUUCCGCGAGCAAUUCGAUCGCCAAACAUUCGGCGGCAUCAAUCAACAAUGCCCGGCACGAUUAUCAUCACGGGCGCCAACGGGUCCCUCGCCAUCCCCGCGAUCGAGCACAUUCUGACCAAGUACCCGGGCUAUCACCUCGUCCUGACGGUGCGCAACCCCUCGGCCGAUGCCGACGCCAACACGAAGCGGCUGCGGGCCGUCCUCGACCGGCACCCCGGCCCUGCCAACACGGCGUCUGUCCGCGCCCUCGACCUCGCUGACCUCUCGGCCGUCCACGCCUUUGCCGACGCCGUCGCCGCCGAGGUCGAGGCCGGCACGCUCCCCCGCAUCGCCAGCAUCGUCUGCAAUGCCUACUACUGGAACCUGGUUGAGGCGCCCGUCCAGACGCGCGACGGCCUCGAGACGGCCCUGCAGGUCAACCAUGUCGCCCACGCCGCCUUGGUGCUGCGCCUGCUGGCGUCCAGCUUCGCCCCCGGCGGCCGCAUCGUCUUCCUAGGCACCAACGCCACGGAUCCCGGCGCGAACCCCAACGAGAAAUAUCCGCCCGUCCUGCCGGACGACCUGGAGGACCUGGCCCGCGUCCCCGAGCGCGUCGAGCCCGGCGACAGGGCGGGCACGGGUUUCUACAGGUACGCCGUGUCUAAGUUGGCGGUCACCAUGUUUGCGUACGCCCUUAACCGGAGGCUGGAAAAGGACCCCGACCUCAACACCGUCACCGCGGUGACCAUCAACCCGGGCAACCUCGCCGACUCCCGCGCCCUCCAAACCAACACGCCGAAAUCGUUGUCGCUCGCCCAGAAGCUCGUGCUAAAACCGCUCCGCCCCCUGCUCUCCCUCCUGGACCCGCUCCUCCGGACGGCCGCUGCCGCGGGCGUCGACGUCGCCGAGCUCGCCACGGGCCACGCGCACCCCGGCAAGCGCGGCUUCUACACGCUGCUCAAGGAGAGCAAGAGCUCCGAGGAGAGCCUCAAGGUGGACAAGCAGGAGGCGGUCUGGAAGAAGACGCUCGCCUGGGCCAAGGUCACCCCCAAGAAUGAUGAGUGGUAGGAUGAGCGAAACGAGGUCUCUGGGAGGCUGUUUUCUUCUAAGCACUUGAUGGCUGAGGGAUCUGGACCGCCUUCAAAGAGAAGAAAGGUGGGCUUUUGAAAGAUGGAGGAAUCUCAGAGCAAUAUCGAUGCCUAAUAUUUUAUACCUUCUUUUUUAAGGGGGAGACUAG